AUGGUCUGCGCUAAAUGUGAACGGAAGCUUGGGACGCUGGCGGCGCCCGACACCUGGAAAGAAGGAUCCUCGAACGCCAAGGUGGGUUCGUCCGGGCGCAAGCUCAACGAGAACAAGCUGCUUUCGGGCCGAAGCCGCCAAAAAUUCUCCCCGUACGAGGCCAAGUGCCGGAUCUGCAAGCAGAACGUCCACCAGCGGGGCUCGUUUUACUGCCAGGGGUGUGCCUACAAGAACGGCAUCUGUGCCAUGUGCGGUGUGCAAAUCCUCGAUACGAAAAUGUACAAGCAAAGCUCCAAGUGA